AUGGCCAGCGGAAUUACAUACGUCCGGCAACAGAAAACACCUUCCCUCUCGCUUCCGUUCAGAGUGCUUGGCUACCGCUUGUCAGUGGGAUUCUGGUUUCGGCGAACGAAGGACACUGUGAACAAGCCGAGAGAAGACACUGAUCCCGAUUUGGAUCAAUAUCACUAUAGUCCUCUUCCAGGAGAGCGACACAUUCGCGUGCUCGAGCUACAUCCGGGCGCAGGGAGCGAGCCGCUUUGCGGCACCCUCUCUGAUGUUUCCCUGGAUGACUCUGCUGCCGACUUCGAGGCACUCUCGUAUGUUUGGGGUCAGGGGUUCAAGAAUCACGGCAGAGUCGACCUUGGUCACGGCCAAUGUCUUAGGCUCUUGCCUAACCUCGAAGACAUUCUGUACAAUCUUCGCCACAAGACCAGCCCGAGAAGGCUGUGGAUCGAUGCCCUCUGCAUCAACCAGGAUGAUAACAGUGAGAAAGGACCACAGGUCAUGCUCAUGGCCGAGAUUUAUGCACGCUCCACCUCCAUCAUAAUCUGGCUUGGCAUGCCUGGGAAACACUCGCAGCUCGGCCUGGAGAUCCUAUCCUUCUUGGCCACUAGUGACACGCGCAACGGCAGCGACGCCGCGCCGUGGGACCACCUGCCCAGCCGUCAGGUCGUCGCGGCGCUCCAGGAUAUCCUGGGCAGGCAAUACUUCGAGCGGCUCUGGGUCGUCCAGGAGGCCGCCCUCGCGACGCACAUCAAGAUGCACGUGGGCCGCAUGCACAUCGAGUGGUCCAGCAGGGCACAGACGCGGAAGUUCCUGGCACGCAUCAAGAUGGCGGAGCUGUCGCCGUCGUGGCAGCAGUCGGAAGAGCUGCGCCGCGUUGACUUCCCGCCCAUGCGCGAGCUGCUGGAGCAGAGCCUUGCCGCGGAGGCUAGGCGGAAUGGCACCGUCGAGGUCCCGUCGCUCCUCGACGUGGUGCACUCCAUUCGCCACAGGCAGGUGACCGACCGGCGUGACCGCAUAUAUGGUGUCAUGAGCCUCGUGACGCCAGCUGAGGUCGCUGGCUUCGUCCCGGAUUAUUCUCUCACCUGGGAGGAGACGUAUCGACGAUUCUACGAUUGGGUUGAGACCCAGGUCUUGAGGGACCCGGAGAUUACAGUCGAGGAGAUGAAGGAGGCUGAUGAAGGUAAAGAUACUUCGAAUGAGAAGCGAUCGACAGCGCAGUUUCCCAAAUAA